AUGAACUCUUUAUUGCUACCGGCCCUUUAUCUCGGUGGCUGCAUUGCUGCCAUGAGCAUGUUCUCUUAUAUAUACCGUCGACUCACAAGUGUCAAGCAAGUCGAAUCUUGGUUCCCUGAAAACCAUGACAAGGAACGAUAUAUCGCUUUACUCAAUUGCGACAUACCAGUGCCCGAGUUUCAUUUACGUGCGGCUUUAUUGCGUCGUGCUAUGCAAGCAGUGCAUCGUCUCAAGGAAGUACAACAAGAGAAGCCAGCUCUGCAACAGUUAAUGCGUAUGGGAAGUAUUGGCGACGAUCUAUGGCGUGAUUUCUCUUUGGCCGAGCAAGAAGUGGUGAUGGAGCUGCAGGAUAUUGCUCAAGAAGCCAACACGUACAAGCCCAACUGGAACCAAACCAUCUUUUCCACAGCAGCUCAAAUGCUCGAACAUGAGAAGCAAAAAGUAUUGUUGGAUGAGAUGAAAACGAUGCGUGAGGAUGAGCAGAAGCGACGAGAAUUGCAAUUGGAGCAAGAAGAAAAGGAAAACCAACUUGCUGGUGAAAGGAGGAUGCGUGAAGCCAAAAAGGCCGAGGAAGAAUUGUUGAGGAUGGAAGAAGAUGAACAACAAAAGAAGAACAAGGGCAAGAGCAACAAACCCAAGGCCAAAAAGUAG